AUGGAGGUGCUCGGGGUCACUUACGACCGGACUGGAGUUACUCUACAAGGCGCAGGUCCGCUCCUCCUUGGAGUACGCUCCUGGGGCGGCGCGGCAAACAAGCACCUCGCUCUCCUGGACAAGGUGCAGGACCGAGCGGCGAGGCUCAUCAGGAACAGUGAGCUCGGCCUUCAGCCUGCACUGCACACCCUCCAGCACCGGCGAGACGUGGCGGGCCUCACCGUCAUGUUCAAGGUGCAACAGCAACGGGUGCCGUACCUACAGGCUCUCCGGCAGCCUGCCCGACAUGCCGAAGUCACCUCCAGAGUUGUCAUACGUGCCCCUGGGGAGCUGCUCCAGCCCAGCGCCACGCAGCUGAUACUCUCCUUCACUAAGGAACACAAAGGAGGGACAAGCAGCACAUUUCUGGGUCUUGGCAUGGCUGUUAGUAUUAAGUUGCUAUGUGAUGGGUACUACAUUAGCCUACCUCCACAUGUCUGGUACCUCGCACACGGGACCAGUGGAGUGCCCCGCGGCCGGUACAUAGAGGGCUCUGGAAGGCACUGUAGGGCUCUAGUGGAUGCAGGAGUGGCAGGAGAUCCUAGCCAACCUUACCUGACCUCACCUUACCUCACCUACAGGGUAUCGCUGACAUACCGCGUGACUUCAGCACACAAGAUCAAGCUGACGGACAAACAGCUGCUGCAGUGGCUGACGCCCAUCCUACUGAUCAUGCUGGUGUACCUGAGCGCGUGGAGCCUCAGCGCCACGCCCUCCGCCGAGGUGAAGGCCGCUGACUCAGGGCUCAAGUACAAGCAAUGCAAAUAUGAUUGGUGGGACCACUCGCUUGCUGCCGGCGAGGUCCUCUUUCUCAUGUGGGGGAUGAAGGUGUGUUUCAGCGUCAGGAAGGCAGAUAGCUUCUUCGACGAGGCCAAGUACAUCUCAUGGGCAGUUUACAACAUAGCCCUUGUCAACAUCGUUAUGGUGGCCUUCCACCUCAUCAUCUUCCCCGACGCGGGUCCUGACGUCAAGUAUCUCUUCGGCUUCCUGAGGACCCAGUUCAGCACCUCCACCACUGUGCUGCUCAUCUUCGGGCCCAAGUUCUACCGGAUCGUGCAGGGGACGGGAGACCAGUACGAUAACCGGGCCAGAGCCAAGGGCGUGACGGCAAGCUUCUCCCUCAACGGCCUGGGCGUGAUGAACGACGAGCCCGCUGACUUGUCCCAGGAGAACGAGGAACUCAAGGAGGAGAUACAGAAGCUGGCGGCGCAGAUGGAGUUUAUGAAGAUCGUGCACAUGGAGAUGAACAACCGCCACCUCAAGCCGAAGCCCAGUGGGUACUUCAGCGACAAGAACCCCGCGAUGGCCGGCCCGACGUCCCCGUCUGGGCCACGCACCACCGACGCGGGCCAGGAGAACGCCCCUGCCAAGCUGUCCUCCCCUGCAACUGAGGUGGCCGACGAUAGGGUAUGACUAGUGGCCAACAGUGAAGAGGUGUGGCUGUAGACUGCGGCGGGGCGUAGAGUCUGCCAAGGAAGCGCAGUUCUGUUUGUAUGUUGAGUGUGGUUGGUGGCUUUCCUGGCCCGUAUUCUGGGUAUUGUCGUCACUUCGGCGUCUAUAUCGACUAUUUUCAGGCUCUAACAGGUUAUUUAAGUUUCCUCAGGGUGUUUUUGGUCAUGUUUCUAGUGAUAGUUUAACAAGGGGUGCGCAUCGUCAGUAAAAACACGCCCGUGAGGAUUUAGGUAACCAUCUGUCUGAGGAUAGUUUUAAUGGGACUGUUUAUAAUAUGGGUCCUGUGGUGGUGAAGGUGAGGGUUUGUAUAGUGACGGCAAGGAGUCCCGUCACUGCAGUCUUACGGUGUUGUGAGUGAAGCGAUGGGCGUGUUUGUUCUGAGCCUCGUGAACCCGUGAGUGAAGCAGUGAAGUGGGAUGUGGUGCUUCACGCGUUCAGGAUUCAGCGGCACGUCCAGAAUUGGUGCCGCGUCUGUCUGUUUGUGCAUGUGUUGCCUC